AUGGACAAUCAGGUUGAUCCUCGUGCCCAGCAGCUGUUCAAGCUGCUUGUUGAGCAAUAUAUUGCUGACGGCUCACCCAUUGCUUCCAAAACUCUGGCCACUCGACCUGAAAUCACAGUGUCAUCCGCAACGGUGCGCAACAUCAUGGGCGACCUGGAAGCCAUGGGGCUGGUCAAGUCUCCACAUACCUCAGCGGGGAAAAUACCCACAACUCAGGGUUACCGCUUUUUUGUAGACUCUCUUUUGCACGUUGAACCCUUUGCAGAAUCCCGUAUACGGGAAAUUGAAGCGGAGUUGAAUCCAGACCUGGCACCUGCUGAGCUGGUGGCUUCAGCCUCAGAGCUACUGUCCCACAUUACUCAGAUGACCUGUGUGAUCACGACGCCGUUGCGUAAUCAGGUCAACCUGCGGCAGGUUGAGUUUGUACGUCUGGAUGAAGAGCGCGUGCUGGUGAUUCUGGUCCUGAAUGAUCGCGAGGUGCAGAACAGAGUGAUUCAUACUGAGCGCGAAUAUUCUUCUGUCGAGCUGACUCAGGCUGCAAAUUAUAUCAACCAGGAGUUUGGUGGUAGCGCUCUGAUCGACAUCCGCAAAGCGCUGGUGCAGAGCAUGCAGGCGGACAAGGAUCACAUGGAUACGCUGAUGCAGACAGCGUUGGAUAUGGCUGCGGCUACAUUUGUUGAAGACCCUGCAGAGCGCGACCCGGAUCUGCUGGUCAAAGGCGAAAACCGGCUGCUCGACUUCAGUACCGACACUGACCAGGUGAAAAGUCUUUUUGAUGCCAUCUCCCACAAAGGCCGGGUGCUGCACCUGCUGGACCGGUGUCUACAGAGUAGCGGGGUUCAGCUGUUCAUCGGUGAUGAGUCUGGUUAUCAACCUCUCGGAGAUGCAUCGCUGGUCACUUCAGCUUAUGAGGUGAAUGGUGAAGUAGCUGGCGUUUUAGGCGUCAUUGGCCCAACCCGCAUGCACUACUCUGAUGUGAUCCCCGUCGUAGACGUCACCGCCCGCUUAUUGAGCGACGGUCGAAUCCGAGAGCAGGGGCCGGCUAUGGCACAAGACGAGAACAAUCACGACAAUCCCGCUGAUCAGGCGGACGAUGUCACCCAGGACAGUGGCGAGGGCGCUGCUGAAACCGAACAACCAGGCGCGGCCGAAAUUGCCGAUCUGAAAGAUCAGGUGCUACGCAGCCUUGCGGAGAUGGAAAACGUCAAACGACGUGCCGCUCGAGACAUCGAAAAUGCGCACAAAUUUGCCGUCGAAAAAUUACUCAGCGAUCUGUUUCCUGUUGUCGACAGCCUUGAAAAGGCGGUUGAGACGGCGGAGCAGACCCAGGGCGCCCAGCCCAUAGCCGAAGGUGUAGCGCUGUCGCUCAAGCUGUUUGUCGAUACGCUUGCCAAAUCCGGUGUUGAACAGAUUGAUCCGCUGGGUGAGCCCUUUGACCCUCAGAUGCAUGAGGCAAUGACCAUGGUGCCUAACCCUGCUGCAGAGCCCAAUUCAGUGAUGGACGUGAUGCAGAAGGGCUAUUUGCUCAACGGCCGUCUGGUCAGGGCUGCAAAAGUCAUUGUCGCCAAAGCGCCGAUAAUGGGUAAGAUUAUUGGUAUUGACCUUGGCACCACCAACUCGUGUGUCGCUGUCAUGGAAGGCGGUGAGCCUCGCGUCAUCGAAAAUUCUGAAGGCGAUCGCACAACACCUUCAGUUAUUGCGUACACCGAAGAUGGUGAGAUCCUGGUUGGUCAGAAUGCGAAGCGCCAGGCAGUCACCAACCCCACGAAUACGCUUUUUGCAGUGAAGCGUUUGAUUGGACGAAAGUUCAAAGAUGACGUUGUGCAGAAAGACAUCAAGAUGGUGCCGUACAAAAUUUCCGAAGCGGCUAACGGCGAUGCCUGGAUUGAAGUAAAAGGCGAAAAGCUGGCGCCGCCCCAGGUGUCUGCCGAAACCCUGAAGAAGAUGAAGAAAACCGCAGAGGAAUAUCUUGGUGAAGAAGUCACUGAGGCGGUAAUUACCGUGCCGGCUUACUUCAACGAUUCUCAACGUCAGGCGACCAAAGACGCGGGCAAGAUCGCGGGUCUGGAAGUUAAGCGCAUCAUCAACGAGCCCACCGCGGCCGCGCUGGCCUACGGCCUUGAUAAGAAGCGUGGCGAUGCCAAGGUAGCCGUUUACGACCUGGGUGGUGGUACCUUCGACGUGUCUAUCAUUGAAAUUGCUGAAGUGGACGGCGAGCACCAGUUUGAAGUGCUGUCGACCAACGGUGAUACGUUCCUCGGUGGUGAGGACUUCGAUCUGCGCAUCAUUGAUUAUCUUGCAGACGAAUUUAAGAAAGACAACAGCGUUGACCUGCAUAGCGAUCCACUGGCACUGCAGCGUCUGAAAGAAGCCGCUGAAAAAGCCAAAAUCGAACUGUCCAACAGCCAGCAGACAGAAAUAAAUCUGCCGUACAUCACCGCAGAUCAGACUGGUCCCAAGCACCUGGUGCUGAAGCUGACCCGUGCCAAGCUGGAAUCUCUGGUCGAAGACCUGGUACAGCGCACAAUCAGCCCCAUCCAGACGGCAUUAGACGAUGCCAGCCUGACCAUCAGUGAUAUUGACGAUGUGAUUCUGGUCGGUGGUCAAACUCGUAUGCCGCUGGUGCAGGAGAAAGUGAAGAGCUUUUUCGGCAAAGAUGCUCGCCGUGACGUGAACCCUGAUGAAGCGGUUGCGAUUGGUGCAGCGAUCCAGGCAGCAGUGCUUGCCGGUGAUGUAACCGACGUGUUGCUGCUUGAUGUGACCCCUCUGUCUCUGGGUAUCGAAACGCUGGGUUCAGUGAUGAGUGUGUUGAUUGAAAAGAACACAACGAUUCCAACAAAGAAAACUCAGACUUUCUCUACUGCGGACGACAAUCAGACUGCGGUUACCAUCCACGUGUUGCAGGGUGAGCGUAAACAAGCUGGCCAGAACAAGUCGCUGGGACAGUUCAACCUGGAAGACAUUCCGCCUGCACCUCGUGGCUUGCCACAAAUUGAGGUCGCGUUUGAUCUGGAUGCCAACGGUAUUCUGAAUGUUUCUGCAAAAGACAAAGCAACGGGCAAAGAACAGUCGAUUGUGAUUAAAGCCUCGAGCGGACUGUCGGAUGAGGAGAUCGAGCAGAUGAUCCGCGAUGCGGAAGCCCACUCUGAAGAAGAUAAGAAAUUCGAAGAGAUGGUUGGACUGCGUAACCAGGCAGACAGUCUGGUACACGGCGCCCGCAAAGCGGUAGAAGAGGCCGGUGAUAAAGCUUCAGCUGAAGAAAAAGAAGCCAUCGAAAACGCCGCGAAAGAGCUUGAGGAAGCGCUUAAGGACGGCGACAAAGAAGGCAUCGAAGCUAAAAUGCAGACGCUGUCUCAGGCAUCCGCAGGGCUAGCGCAGAAAAUGUACGAAGCGGAAGCAGCUGAGGCUGGCCCCGCACCGGGAGCGGAAGACGGUGGUCAGAACGCUUCAGACGAUGCGGUAGAUGCAGAGUUUGAAGAGUUAAUUAUGUCCAAGCGAGAUUACUACGAAGUACUAGGCAUCAAUCGAGACGCCUCAGACGAAGAGCUGAAGAAAGCUUACCGUCGCUUGGCGAUGAAGUUCCAUCCGGACCGCAAUUCCGACGAUCCAGAUUCAGACGAUAAGUUUAAAGAAGCCUCAGAGGCCUACGAAAUUCUUUCUGAGCGUGAAAAACGGCGGGCAUAUGAUCAGUUCGGUCAUGCCGGCGUCGAUCCGAAUCAGGGUGGUGGCCAGGGCUUUGAAGGCAACUUUGGCGACAUUUUUGGUGAUGUCUUUGGAGACAUCUUUGGCGGGGGCCGUGGUGGCCGUAGCGCCAACGGUAUGUCCCGUGGUUCGGAUUUGCGCUACAACAUGCAGCUUGAUCUGGAACAGGCUGUCAGCGGCGAUACUGUGGAAGUGCGUAUUCCUGUGCUCACCACCUGCGAAGAUUGUGAUGGCAGUGGCGCAGCCCCAGGCACCACGCCAAGUACCUGUCCUGAUUGUCAGGGCGCCGGCCAGAUUCGCGUCUCUCAAGGUUUCUUCUCGCUGCAACAAACCUGCCCACGGUGUCGUGGCCAGGGCCGCAUAGUCAGCGAUCCCUGUCGCAAAUGCAGCGGUGCCGGACGGGCAGAAAAGCGUAAAACGCUGUCUGUGAAAGUACCUGCCGGGGUGGACACGGGCGAUCGCAUUCGUCUCAGCGGCGAAGGCGAAGCAGGCAUGAACGGUGGCCCGCCGGGAGACCUUUAUGUACAGAUAGACGUGCGCGAACAUGCCAUCUUUUCCCGUGAUGGGCGCAACCUCUAUUGUGAAGUGCCGAUAUCAAUUGUUGAUGCGGCCCUCGGUGGAGAGCUUGAAGUCCCCACCCUCGAUGGUCGGGUAAAACUCAAGAUUCCCACGGAAACCCAGACCGGUAAGAUUUUCAGGUUACGUGGCAAAGGCGUGACCCCGGUGCGUGGCGGCGGGGUCGGUGACCUCUUGUGUAAGGUGGUGGUGGAAACGCCGGUAAAACUGACCGAUCGCCAGAAAGAACUGCUGCAGGAGCUGAAAGUCUCGUUGAGUGAAAGCGCUAAGCAUUCACCGCGGGAAAAGUCCUGGUUUGAUGGGGUUAAAAAUUUCUUUGACGGAUUAACCGGCUGCGCCGCCUUUGAACACGCUUCCAGCACAGCUCUGGGAGCGGAUGCAGGUGAACUCGCAGGUGUAGGCGCGCUGGGCAUUGUGAUUUCACCUUUUGCGCAAGCCAAGCCUGAAGAUUUUGAGGUGGUGAUAGAUUUCACCGCACCCCAGGCGACGCUGAGUCUGGCUGAGUUCUGCAGUCGAGAGGGCAAAGCCAUGGUGAUCGGCACCACCGGCUUUACCGAUGCCGAACUCAAGCAACUUGAGCGCGCGGCUGACCAGGUGCCUCUGUUCAUGUCCCCUAAUAUGAGUGUCGGGGUGAAUCUCACCUUUAAACUGAUUGAGAUGGCUGCACGCGCGCUGGGUGAUGACGUUGAUGUUGAAGUGAUCGAAGCCCACCACCGACACAAAGUGGAUGCGCCUUCAGGCACCGCGGUGCACAUGGGUAAGGUGUUGGCGGAAGCUUUAGAUCGUGACCUUGAAAAAGAUGCCAUCUAUGGGCGUCAGGGCAUUACCGGCGCCCGCGAACGUAACACCAUUGGGUUUUCGACAAUCCGUGGCGGCGAUGUUGUGGGUGAACAUACGGUUAUGUUUAUUGGUGAUGGAGAGCGGCUGGAAAUUACCCAUCGGGCUUCGAGUCGGAUGAAUUUUGCCCUGGGUGCGUUACGUGCAGUGCGGCAUAUUCACAACAAAGCGCCGGGAUCCUCCGUUGGCGAAGUGGUGUUCAAUACUGCCAUGACGGGCUAUCAGGAAAUCCUCACCGAUCCUUCCUACGCUCAGCAGAUUGUUACCCUGACCUACCCCCAAAUUGGCAAUACCGGAUGUACUCCGGAAGACUUUGAAUCUGAUCGCAUCUGGAGCGCGGGACUGGUGAUUCGCCAGACGCCGCGGCGCCUGAGCAACUGGCGGGCAAAAACAUCCCUGCAGCAAUUGCUGCGCAGUGAAAACGUUGUGGCCAUAGCCGAUGUAGAUACGCGCAGGCUGACAAAGCUGAUUCGAGAGAAAGGCGCAUUGGCGGGUUGUAUCCUUGCGGGUUCAGACGCCGGCACCGAUGAAGGUAAAGCCAAAGCACUGGCCCAAGCACAAGCAUUCCCUGGCCUCAAAGGCAUGGACCUGGCGAAAGAAGUCACCGGCGCCCAGCGCACAUGGACCGAAACCAGCUGGUCCCUGGAGGAUGGUUACGGAACAGUAGGGCAAACACCGUACAAGGUGGUGGCCUACGAUUUUGGCGUGAAGCGCAACAUUUUAAGGCUGCUGGCAAGCCGCGGUUGUGACCUUACGGUAGUACCAGCACAAACACCGGCGGCUGAGGUGCUGGCCAUGAAGCCCGACGGUGUUUUUCUGUCGAACGGUCCUGGUGACCCGGAACCCUGCGACUAUGCCAUAGCAGCCAUAAAAGAAUUGUUAGAACACAAGUUGCCUGUUUUUGGUAUCUGCCUGGGGCAUCAACUGUUGUCUCUGGCAAGUGGUGCCAGCACUUUGAAAAUGUCCCACGGCCACCACGGCGCUAAUCAUCCAGUGCAGGACAACGACUCCAGGCAGGUCAUCAUCACCAGUCAGAACCAUGGUUUUGCGGUGGACGGCGAUACCUUGCCGGACAACCUGCGUUGCACACAUGUUUCUCUGUUUGACGGUACCGUUCAGGGUGUGGCGCGAACGGACGUGCCGGCCUUUGGUUUCCAGGGACAUCCAGAGGCAAGCGCCGGUCCCAUUGUGAUCGGCCAGGCCUGCGAGUUUGACUAUUCUGGCGCCCAGGCUUGUAAAGCCCUGCGGGAAGAGGGUUAUCGGGUCAUCCUGGUGAACUCCAAUCCAGCGACCAUCAUGACUGACCCAGCCAUGGCUGAUGCGACGUACAUUGAGCCGGUGGAAUGGCGCACGGUUGCAGCGAUCAUCGAACAGGAAAAACCCACCGCACUGCUCCCCACAAUGGGUGGACAGACGGCGCUGAACUGCGCGCUGGAUCUGGUGCGGGAAGGUGUGCUCGAUAAAUACAAUGUUGAGCUGAUUGGCGCCAGCCAGGAUGCGAUUGAUAAAGCGGAAGACCGCGAGCGUUUUGAUCGCGCCAUGAAGCGCAUUGGCCUUGAUACCGCCCGUUCUGCUAUUGCCCAUAGCCUGGAAGAAGCGCUGCAGGUGCAAAGCCAGCUUGGCUUCCCCUGUGUGAUAAGACCUUCGUUCACCAUGGGCGGAAGUGGUGGCGGCAUCGCCUACAAUUCAGAAGAAUUUGUUGAAAUCUGUAAUCGUGGGCUGGAAUUGUCACCGACGUCGGAAUUGUUGAUCGAUGAAUCUUUGGUCGGUUGGAAAGAAUUUGAGAUGGAGGUGGUGCGUGAUCACCUCGAUAACUGCAUCAUCGUCUGUGCCAUUGAAAACCUGGACCCGAUGGGUGUGCAUACUGGCGACAGUAUUACGGUUGCGCCAGCGCAGACGCUGACCGACAAAGAAUAUCAGUUGCUGAGAAAUGCUUCGAUCGCGGUAUUGCGGGAAAUCGGCGUUGAUACCGGCGGAUCAAAUGUUCAGUUUGCCAUCGAUCCCGAUACGGGCCGCACCGUGGUCAUUGAAAUGAAUCCGCGGGUCUCCCGAUCCUCCGCGUUAGCGUCCAAGGCAACCGGUUUCCCGAUUGCGAAAGUGGCGGCCAAGCUUGCCGUAGGCUAUACCCUCGAUGAACUGGAGAACGAUAUUACCGGCGGUAUUACACCGGCGUCGUUUGAACCCAGCAUUGACUAUGUGGUGACCAAAAUACCACGCUUCACGUUUGAAAAAUUUGUUCAGGCUGAUGCCCGUUUAACCACGCAGAUGAAGUCUGUUGGCGAAGUGAUGGCGAUUGGCAGAACUUUUCAGGAAUCCAUGCAGAAAGCCCUGCGCGGACUCGAAACCGGCAUGUCAGGUUUUGAUCCGGUGUUGGACGCCAGCGUUGCUGCAGACGUGCUGAACGCUACCCUGAAGCGAGAGCUGGGCACACCCAGCGCGCUGCGUGUCUGGUAUGUGGCUGAUGCGUUUCGUGCUGGAUGGUCGUUGGAAGAUAUUUUUGAAUCGACCAAAAUCGAUCCCUGGUUUCUGGCUGAAAUUGAAGAUCUCAUCAGCACGGAAAUCAGCCUGGCUAAUGUGUCUGCCAUCGCUCUGGGCAAAGAAGACUGGUAUCGCCUCAAGCGCAAAGGCUUUUCUGACGCGCGCCUGGGGCAGCUCCUGGCGACGGACGAAAGCGAAAUUCGUCAGCUUCGCCAGGCCUUGGAUGUCAGGCCUGUUUAUCGGCGUGUGGACACCUGUGCGGCUGAGUUUCCGGCCAGCAGUGCCUAUAUGUAUUCGACCUACGAAGAAGAAUGUGAAUCGCUGCCGUCGGAGCGUAAGAAAAUUAUGGUUCUGGGUGGUGGCCCGAAUCGAAUCGGUCAGGGUAUUGAGUUUGACUAUUGCUGUGUUCACGCGGCACUGGCCAUGCGCGAAGAUGGUUAUGAGACCAUCAUGGUGAAUUGUAACCCGGAGACAGUAUCGACGGAUUACGAUACGUCUGAUCGGCUGUAUUUUGAGCCGGUCACCCUGGAAGAUGUGCUUGCGAUCUGCGAUGUGGAACAACCGGUCGGCGUGAUCGUCCAGUUCGGCGGACAAACACCGCUGAAGCUGGCAAACGAUCUGGAGGCAGCAGGUGUGCCGAUUAUAGGCACAACGCCGGACGCAAUUGAUCGGGCGGAAGACCGUGAACGUUUUCAGCAGCUGGUUGAGAAAUUACAGCUGCGUCAGCCAGCCAACCGCGUGGCUUCCAGUGCCUAUCAGGGCAUUGAGCGUGCUCAGGCCAUUGGGUAUCCGAUUGUUGUGCGGCCGUCUUAUGUGCUGGGUGGACGAGCGAUGGAAAUUGUCUACAACGACGAUGAGCUGAUGCAGUACAUGCAGAACGCUGUAGAUGUGUCUAACGAUUCACCUGUGUUGUUGGACCGGUUUCUGGACCAGGCCGUAGAGGUGGACGUCGACGCUGUUUGUGACGGCCAUCAGGUGGUCAUUGGCGCGAUCAUGCAACACAUUGAACAGGCAGGUAUUCAUUCCGGUGACUCAGCCUGCUCGCUGCCACCAUACAAUCUGCCGAUGCAUAUCCAGAACAUUAUUCGCCAGCAGGUGUCAGAUCUUGCACUUGAGCUUGGUGUUGUUGGUCUUAUGAACGUGCAGAUGGCGGUACAGGGUGAAGAUGUAUUUGUGUUGGAAGUGAAUCCGCGUGCAUCCCGUACCGUACCGUUUGUGUCCAAGUGUAUAGGCGUUUCCCUGGCAAAAGUUGCUGCCCGCUGUAUGGCGGGAACCACCCUUGCUGAACAGAAGUUUACCAAAGAGAUCAUUCCAACCGUUUUCAACGUGAAAGAAUCCGUAUUCCCAUUCAACAAGUUCCCGGGUGUAGAUCCGAUUCUUGGCCCGGAGAUGAAAUCUACCGGCGAAGUCAUGGGAGUUGGCGAUACCUUUGGCGAAGCUUUUGCAAAAGCCGCUCUGGGCGCGGGCGAAGUGUUGCCUGAGCAAGGCCGCGUGUUCAUCAGCGUGAAAGACUCUGACAAAGAAAAUCUGCCGCAAAUCGCCCAGCUUCUGGCGGACCAGGGGUUUACGUUUGUGGCUACCCGUGGUACCCAGCGCUGUCUGGAGCGCGCCGGUAUCAGCUGCGCAAAGAUCAGCAAGGUCAAUGAAGGUCGUCCGGAUGUUUCGGAUAUGGUCAAGAACGAUCAGAUAGAUCUGAUUAUCAACACCACCGAAGGGCGUAAAUCUAUUGCAGAUUCUGCGGUGAUUCGUCGUCUCGCGCUGCAGAAAAAAAUCUGUUACACAACUACUUUGGCUGGAGGGGAAGCGAUUGCGAUUGCAAUUACUCAGGGGCAGGGUGAUCGGGUCAGGCGGCUGCAAGAUAUUCACGCUGCUUUAUAA